CUAGAUAUUAAUCCUUGGAGCUAGGAAUUAGGAGUGAGUAAGAUAUAUUAUUAUUAGAAAGAAAAUGUACGAUGAGAAAAACCACCCUCAUCUGCCAUCGGCGCCACCGGUCGUAUAUGGGCAGCCGGUAAGUAGUGGAUUUCCGGCUGCAGCAUAUGGACAACAACAGGGAGGAGGAGGAGGAGGUAGUAAUAAUAAUUGGUCUACCGGUCUCUGUGGCUGUUUUGAAGAUGUUCCAAACUGCUGCUUAACUUUCUGGUGUCCAUGUAUCACUUUUGGACAGAUUGCGGAGAUAGUAGACAGAGGAUCUACUUCUUGUGGAGCUAGUGGGGCUCUGUAUACUCUAAUACUGAUGUUGGUUGGAUGCACGUGCUGCUACUCGUGCUUCUACCGGACAAAGAUGAGGAAGCAAUAUUCUCUCCCUGAAACCCCUUGUGGAGACUGCUUGAUUCAUUGUUUCUGCGAGACAUGCGCCCUUUGUCAAGAAUACCGUGAGCUCAAAAACCAAGGUUUCGACAUGUCCCUAGGAUGGCAUGGAAACGUUGAAAGGCAGAACCGUGGUGACGUUGCAAUGGUGCCUCCUCCCCCUAGUGGAGGAGAGUAUGGGGGGAUGACACGUUAAUUAAUCAACCCACCUACCCAUAUAUAUAUAAGGGAGUAUAUGAAUGCUUAUUGAUUUUAAUGAAAAUAAAUGCUCUUAUUAUUAUUAUUAUUAAUUUGCUUCAAGUUGAUGAAUUCUUAUGUUUGGUUGGUUUGUUGUAUGUACCUCUGCAUUUGAUGUUCAGAGUUGUUGUUUGUUUUCAUAUAUUAAUUCUAUGUAUUUAUCUCAUGCACAUAUUAUUAUAAUGAUAUAUAUAUUUAGAGGUUGGCUUUA